AUGGAUCGCUCCAUCCGCCUUGUUUCAGCUGCCUUCGUUCUUGUCCUGCUUUUGGUGGCUACCGAGAUGGGACCAAUGGCUGUCGAGGGAAGAAGCGCUAAGAAGGUUGGGCCAAAGAAGAGGACCUGCGAGAGUCAGAGCCAAAAAUUCAAGGGAAUUUGCUUCUUGACGAGCAACUGUGCCACGAGUUGCAAAACAGAGGGCUUCAAUGGAGGCCAAUGCCGUGGCUUCCGCCGUAGAUGCUUCUGCUCCAAAGCAUGUUAA